CAGUCUCAGUCACAGUCUCAGUCCCAAAUGGGAUUGUUUUUUUUUGAGUCUCCAAAUUGUGUGACUUGCAAACCCCCCAUUCAACUGUCAGACUGUCAGCGGAAAUGAUGAGAACUUAGCGCUAGGAUUUCCUUCCUGGAUCUGCGAGUUUCAAGACAACAUGGGUGAGCGGGACACAGUCUGCAGCAGCCUACUCCAGCUGUCCCAGAUGUUGCAAUGAAUGGCAACACUAUACAACAAGGGUCGUUGACAACGCCCCGAGGGUGGAAGGAGUUCUGUGAGUUGCAUGCCCACACCACGGCCAAGGAACUCGCUAAGCAAUACUGGCUCUUUGCAAAUGAAAAUCCACAUUACGACUUGCUGGGGGCCGAGACUUUCUCUUUGCAGUUCACCGAUCUCUUCCAGCAGUACUUCAGGAAUGAGGUAAAGGAAGGAUUUGCAAUGAACAGAUGUACCCUUGUGCCAUUCACUGGAGUUCAGGAUUACAGGGAAACGGGCAGGAAGCACACAGAUGGUUCCUCUGGUCUCGUUUCAUCUAAGAUGGAAGCCGAGGUGAACAGCUCUGAACAGAGAGAAAGGGGUCCUGACACUAAUCUCCCGGCUCCAAAAUCCCGAAGCUUCGAAGACGUUUCGGCCCCUGAAUGUCACGAACGCUCGAACCCUCUGAGCCAUUUUAGCAGAAAGAUGAGGGGGAGCCUACGGGGGUUUUGGCAGAGAAAAUCAACAGACUCCAUCGUCAUGGAAGUAAAAGAAGGAGCCUCUGCCGUGGCAGGCUCGCCAGAGAAAGAAUGGUUCAAAAAUCUGACCCAGAAGUUGCCUUGGACGAGGACUGUAUCCCGAGACGAGGCCCACGACAUUCGCAAAGAGGGUUUAUUAAACUACAUGGUGGUGGAUGAUACGACCAUGAACAUUGAGACACAAAAAUGUAGGCUGCUUGUGCGAAAGGCAAAGCCUUGUGAAGGCACUGGAUAUGUCCUGGAGCUGUUUGAUCCACCAAAGUCCUCAAAACCGAAGCUCAGUGCUCCAUGUUCAGCAAUCAGAGAGAUAAGAAUGUGUACGCCACUCGAGAUGCCAGACAACAUAAACACAUUCGUACUGAAGGUCAAAGAUCUCCCAGAAGUUAUUUUUGAGACUGUUGAUGAUCAGCAAUUGAGUUUAUGGACAAAGGAAAUCAGAGAAUGUAUGAACACAGGGUCUGACGGAGCCGAUGUGGAACUCCGCACGUCCCAUCCCGACAUCACACAGCAGCCGGUCUCCGGUGGCGGGAGCGCAGAUUCCUUAAACCAGGGGGCGGUCCACCACUGUUCAGCCGAACAGACCUGCCACAGGACAGACCAGCUGCUGGCCUCCUACGCCUGGUUUCACGGCCCCAUCUCGCGAUUCAAAGCCGCCCAGCUGGUCCAGAUGCAGGGAGCCGAGGGACACGGAGUCUUUCUCGUUCGCCAGAGCGAGACCCGGCGGGGAGAUUACGUGCUGACCUUCAACUUUCAGGGGCGGGCGAAGCAUCUGCGGCUGCUGGUGAGCGAGCGAGGCCAGUGCCGGGUGCAGCACCUGCGGUUCCACUCCGUCAUCGAGAUGCUGCACCACUUCGGGAUGUUCUCCAUUCCCCUGGAGUGUGGACCCUCCUGCGACGUCAAACUCUCCAGCUACGUGGUGGCUGUCCCACGCCAGCCAGGUUCUCUCUCACCCACCACUGCGUCAGUGCUGCCCUUUUCCAUCCACCGCUGGAACUCAGAGCCCAGCCUCGCUCGCUUCAGCCCUUCCAGCUGGCCAACCGCGAACGUCUCGGAGAGCCUGCUGACCCGGGCGGCGACUGAGCAAGUGUUUCACACGGUGCCUCAUCACGACGAGUCCCUGUCCGUCCUGAGGAGGAGCAGCUCGGUGGUGGUGCAGGCCAGACGCCAGCGGGACUCGGACUAUGAGGUGGAACCUGCCGUCCCAGGGCACACACGGGCCGUUGACAAUCAGUACAUGUUCCUCUGAUUUAGAAGAGCCCUCGCCUUACACCUGCCAAAACCCACCGCCAUCUGGACAGAGCAGGUCAAACAGUCACACUUCCUGAAGAACAGGAUAUAUGAAUUUAAGCUGUUGACCUCCUGUCGCAGGUCGUGUGCGUGCACGAGUGUGAGCAUACGUGUGUGUACGCAUGCACCGACGUGUGUGUGCGCGCGUGCGCGCACGCACGCACACAGGAGGAAAUGGGAGAAUCUUCCAAGCCUCAUGUUUGCUCUGCAGUUAUACUUUCGGGUCUGUUGAAAGGCCUAAUUGAAGUAUUACAGCUACAAACUUCUUUGCUUUGAUUGUUGUCUAUUAUAAAGAAAAACUGCUGUCGUCAGUCUAUUGUAAUAGACUUACAAUCAUCAACAGUCUUUG